CGUUGCCACGCUCUAUCUUAACCGGGCCAGGCUUUCAUCGGGUCCUAACUUACUAUAGAACCCUAAACAAAGUAACAGUAUUUGGGGCAGAAUCAUCAAGUUCUCUGGUUCAAAUGGGUCGCAAGCAAAAUCAAUCUCCUGAACGAGAAGCAUCAGUCUUACUGGCUGAAUUCCUCCAAGUAGCAAUAACAUCAAUCAUCUUCCUCAAACAAAUCUACCCAACAGGUGCUUUUGAAAGACGACGCUACAUGAACUUGGUGGUUCAUCGUGCCCGACACCCGCAGCUUCAUCGUUACAUUCAUGAGUCUCUCGAUGCCAUGGUUUCUUACUUUGAAAAGGGGUUGAUUGAGAGUGUUGCGGUUAUGUUUUUUGAUAAUCGUAAAAUUCCAAUCGAGAAGUUUGUGUUCAAGAUCAAUGUGAACCGGGUUCAAGGGGAAAUGAUGGAAGAAGAUGCACAUCUGGAGUCCUCCAUGAGAUCAUUCUUGAUCAAGCUUUCUCAAUCCGAACCGCUUUUGAAGGGUUCGGCUCAAGAUUUGAGGUGGGAAAUCACAGCUUACUUUUGCUCACUCCCAAGCGAUAAUAAAGAUAGGUGGAUUCCAACACACACAAUCCAGUGGCAACAGCCUCCUUUGAUAACACCUAUUAAGUCCAUGAAUACUGAACCAUUGUCUGUUCAACUAUAUUUAGAACAUCCAAGUCUUUUGGAACCCGUGUAACUCGACUGGCGGUUCAAAAUCAUGUUCAUGUGUGCAGGGUAUGCUCGAGUCGAGUUGACUUAUGGUUUUGUAAUACAGAAUGGCUUCCAACACUUUGCUGAUGUAUCCAUUGUCAUUAAUAUGCAGAAGGUGAACCAAACUAAGCUUCAUCUAUGCAACUAGUACAUAAAAUUUUCUUCAAAAGAAAACGAUUUCGUUUAUGAUAAGACAUAUUUGGUUUU